CCCUGAUCACCACACACCCGAUUUUCAUGGGACCUCUGUCCCUCUUCCCCCAGCCCUGCCGCAAUAUUAUCUUGACCCCGUCGAACCACCAACAUCUUUUCUCUCCUUUAUAUAUUCCUCAGACCAAGCUGUAUCUACAGUCUCUGCCUCUGUCCCUGCCUCUGUCUCUGCCUCACAUCUCUCUUGCUUUGUGACCUCUUGUGUAGGGUCUCUGCUGCUGGCCUGUUGGAACCUGCACCUUAGUCUCACUCAGCGUCCGCCACGCUUUCACCCACCUGAGUCGCACAUUCCCAACAAAUUUCACCACCUCCCCGAGUCCUUUAAAAGGCCCCAGACCGGCUCCAGCUUCUGUACCUGUCUCUGUUCCUGUCUCUGAACACUUCCCUCCUUGUCCAACCAUGACGACCACUGCCCUUCCUUCAGAUGUGGCUCUCCGCCGCUUGGCCACCACGGAUUCCACUCCCACCUCAUCUGCCAACAUCUCCCCACUCGACAGCCCGAGAAGCUCUCCCUCGUCCACCUCCCUAUCUUCUCUCGCCUCAGAAGAUGCCGUCCUCCAAAAGCCUGUUGUUGCAGGUGCCGACAAGAAGGUCCAGCUUAUCGACACCUACGGAAACUCCUUUGAAAUCCCCGACUACACCAUCGGCGAUAUUCACAAGGCCAUCCCCAAGCACUGCUUCGAGAGAUCGGCUGCCAAAGGUCUGUACUAUGUCGGUCGAGACAUAGUCACCCUUGCCACCACCUUCUAUCUCUUUCACCGUUUCGUCACCCCCGAGAACAUCCCCUCUACUCCAGUAAGAGCAGGCCUGUGGUUUCUCUAUACUGUCAUCAACGGCCUGGUCGGCACCGGCUUGUGGGUUCUUGCUCACGAGUGUGGUCACCAAUCCUUCUCCCCCAGCAAGGUUCUCAACGACACGGUCGGCUGGAUUUGCCACUCUGCUCUGCUCGUUCCAUACUUUUCCUGGAAAAUCUCCCACGGCAAACACCACAAAGCCACAGGGAAUAUGGCUCGCGACAUGGUCUUUGUGCCCGUCACCAAGGACGAGUAUGCCAGCAAGCGAGGCUACCUCGUUCACCAGAUUCAGGAGCUUGCCGAGGAGACCCCCAUUGUCACCUUCUAUGCCCUGAUCGCUCAACAACUCGGAGGAUGGCCUGCCUAUCUCUUCUUCAACGUCACCGGCCACAACAACCACGAGUCUCAACGCGAAGGCCGCGGAAAAGGCAAGCACAACGGCUUCGGCGGUGGCGUCAACCACUUUGACCCCAAGAGUCCUCUGUAUGAAGCCAAGGAUUCAUAUUUGAUCUUGCUCAGCGACCUCGGUCUCCUGAUUACCCUGAGCGCCCUCUACUGGGUCGGCAAGACGUAUGGAAUGGCCAAUCUCUUUGUCUGGUACAUUGCACCCUAUCUCUGGGUUAAUCACUGGCUGGUGGCCAUCACCUAUCUGCAACACACCGAUCCUUCCCUUCCCCAUUAUCUUCCUGAGUCCUGGACAUAUACUCGAGGCGCUGCGGCGACCAUUGACCGUGAAUUUGGAUUCAUUGGACGACACCUGAUGCACGGCAUCAUUGAGACUCACGUUCUCCACCACUAUAUCAGCACCAUUCCCUUCUACAACGCCGAUGAAGCCACCGAAGCCAUCAAGAAGGUCAUGGGCCGUCACUACCGAAGUGACACCAAGGACGGCUCAUUGGGAUUCCUCAAGAGCGUGUGGAAAUCUUUCCGCUGGUGCAACUGGGUCGAGCCGUUGGAAGGCACCACAGGCGAAGACGCCGGUGUUUUGUUCUACCGCAAUCGAAACGGCUUGGGCAUGCCUCCAAAGCCGGACCAAAAGUAAAAGACCGGUCUCAUGGCGCGCUCCUGGGAGCGGGUGGCUUGUAUCAAGGUUUUGUUGCAACCUCGACGGUUGCUGGUUAGAUUCGCCACAUGUACAGCGGGCGUAUGGAGUUGUCGGCAAAAGGCUGCAGCAUACGUUGGAGGGAUGAAGCCACUCCCCCAACCACGACCUAGACGUUAGAAUAGACGGAGACUAUCAGAUACCAUAGAAAUGAUACUUGAUACCCUCUUCGUGGGCAGACAACUGAUCCAUUCAAGUGAUCUUUCCAAUUAGGCCACGAGGGUUGAGCUCACGUGUCUGGAUUUGAAUGAGGCAUGUUUUUGGCCAUGAUAGUGGUGCUUGUCUUGACCCCAGAGAGAUCAGAGAGAUCUUUCUGCCAAUCAUGGAUGAUGGAUGUUGAAUGUCAGCCAAGCUUCGGCCGUCCUAAGCUCAACAUAUCGUAUAGGUAGUGCGGUGAGUAUUUGGUCUGUUCAUAUGCAUCCUUCAUACUAUAGUGGCAAGGACGUACCCCUCUCAUACGUGAAGUCGAC